CGGAUCUGAUCCAAGGCAGGAUAGAGAGAAUGAUCCAUCAAGGAGUACCAGACCAAGAUAUCAUUCACUCGUGGCUGGUAGACUUGCAAUUCGAAGAAUACUACCCAUUGUUUGUGUCGGCGGGUUAUGACUUACCGACCAUCGGCAGAAUGACUCCAGAAGAUCUCACAGCUAUCGGAAUUAAGAAACCAAAUCAUCGGAAGAAGUUAAAAGCCGAAAUUGCCCAGUUGAAUUUACCUGACAACUUGCCGGAGUUUAUUCCUGGCUCAUUAGAAGAAUGGUUAAAUCUUCUCCGUUUGGACGAAUACCUCUCCGCUUUCAUCGAGCAAGGGUACCAGACAAUCGAUGAUGUCGCUCAACUGACCUGGGAAGACUUGGAAGAGUUCGGCAUAGUUAAAUUGGGCCAUCAAAAGAAGGUCAUGCUGGCGAUCAAGCGGAUCAAAGAUAUCAAGGCGGGCAAAAGGAUCAACUCGGAAUCCAACAGGAUCUAUUCGACACAAGACGUGUUGGUACACGUACCCAUGGACCUCCCCUCGCCCGGAGCGCCCCCUCAGGUGCACAGUACGUUCCGCUCGUUCCACCAGCCCUGGGAGAUCGACCAGACGAGGCACAUGACGACGUCGAUGGGCCCCACUACCAACCCAUCCUAUACCUAUUCAAUGUAUUGCACAGAUAUUGUGCCCAUCAAGAUCCGUACCGGCCGGGGCAAAUCCCUCGAGUCCCUCGAAGACCCCAACGAAAGGACGCACCACACCUUCUCCGCCGACAACACCCAGACCUUCUACUACCAGCAACCGGUCGGUUGGCGCGUCAGAUCCUACGACGACGGCGACUUAACGCCCACGAACGAGACCGCCCUGCUAUACGAGGGCGGCGGUACCCUCCCCCGCCCCCGCGGCAUCAUCCGGCCUAGACCUAUCGCGAAAAUCACGGCCAAAGCACGGGAAACCUUCCCCGACUUCGAGAAGCCCCAGUUCAACCCCGAGAAGUACUCGGCCGGGCCGCAGUACAAGCCGGUGCCGAACGCCUACGCGCAGUACGGCAGUCCGAUGAUGGGGAAGAAGAUACCGCCGAAUCCGCCCAAGAGGAGGGAUAGCGAGUGCGGGUCGGAGGAGACGACAACGGUGGAGAUCCACCACGUCCAGACGUCGAGUCCGUUGCCGUUGCCCGCGUAUCCUAGUUCGGAUAGUUUGAGUAUAUCGUUGGAUAGCGGGGGUGAUUUGCCUUUGCCUCCUCCGCCGGCGCCUGGGACGCCGCCUGGGAAACUGAAUUCGUCGCAGAGUUGGGGAGCGGAGGAGCAGGAGUUGAUCAAGACGCUGGCGUUGCAACAUCGGAACGGGUCUGACGCUAGUUUUAAGUCGAGUUCGAGUACAGAAUCCGAUUCUCUACCUUUUGCUAACGAGAACGCCGGUACGAUCCGCACCAGAGCGGGUACGGCCGGCCGCCAAGCAGAGUUCUCAUCGCCGAAGCCCAGACCCGGACUUCCACCGCAUCCGUCCCCGACGCCCAACACGAGCAGAACGCCAAACACCAGUUCACGCAACAGGGCCGAACAGCCAGUGGACGUACUAAAUGAUAUCGGAAACAUGUUGGCCAACCUGACAGACGAACUGGACGCCAUGCUGGAAGAAGAAAAGAGACAGCAAUAGAAGACUGAGCGCGCUAUAGCCAAGAAGAGAUAGAAUACAAGGUGCGCAAUGGCAGAUUUCCUACACUAGGGAGACAUCCAACUCGGACACUGAUUAGGAUUUAUUUAUGCUAGACGCUAUUUCCAAUACGGUCACUGUCCAAGAGGGACGCACCGAUAUAUUUUUGUACAGGUGUAAAUUUGUAAAGAAUCGUUUACAUUUACAUCGGAAACGAGGCAGAAAUUAGAGAUCUCCCGCGACAGCGCAAGUGUAUUCACGUCCAUCGUUCACGUCUUUGUCGGACGUUUUUUUGUACAUACCCACGAAUCUUCCUUAAACAGUGUAAGGAACUUUAUACAGAUAUACUGUUUAGUAUACGGGCGUGAAAAACAGACAUUUAGAAAUGAAAUAGUUGGUGUUUUUAUUACCUUUACACCGAAA